AUGGUUAAGAGGAGCAUUGAAAAAAAGCUAGUUAAUGUCGACCGAGCUUCACAGGAGCAGCACAACGAGGGAGAUGUGGGUAAAAAGAAUGAUGAAGAGGCAGACAAGAAAAAUGUAGAAAAUGACGAUGAGGAUGACGAAGAGGAUGAAGAUACAGAGGUUGGACCAAGAAGCAAGAAGAGGAAGACCAAUGCGCUGAACGUUGUCGACGAUGAUAACGAAUCAGAUGCGGUUGUUGAAGAAGAAGAGGAAGAGGUGGAGGUUGAUGAAGACGAUAAUGAAGACAAUGAGGACGAAGAGGACGAUGACGAUGAUGAUGAUGGAGCAGCAGCCACAGAAACAGGGGAGGAUGGAACUGAAACCGGCAAGAAAAGAAGAGGUCGUAAAAAGAAGGAAAAGAAAUACUACUACAAUGAGGAGGAAGUUUUUGAUGCUGAUGGGAAUCCACUAAGUACUGAAAACGAUGAAGUAUACAUCCCCAACGAAGAUUCAAAAGGUAAAGAAAAAAUCGAUGAAUUGGGAUACUUGAAAGGCGGUAGAGAAUUUCGAAUGAAGACAUUCAAGAUUCUCGGUGAGGGUGACCGAUUGUACGUCAUAUCAACAAUUCCUGCCCGUAUGGUUGGAUUUAGAGACUCAUACUUGCUAUUCAAAACCCAUCGAACAUUAUUCAAACGAGUUUGUGACAAUGAUCAAAAGCAAGAUUUGAUCAAUCGUGGAAUCAUUCCAAACUCGUAUAAAGGUAGAGCCGUGAAUUUAGUUAGUGCACGUUCAAUUUUUCGAGAAUUUGGGGCAAAGAUGAUAAAGGAGGGAAAGAAAGUAAUUGAUGAUUUUUGGGAACAACGUGCAAUUGAUAAUGGUGAUAUACCCGGUGAAUAUGCUGAUCCUGAUGAGUUGUACAAGACCAAAUUGUCAAAUGUAUUGGGUGAAGGUAUUGGCGCUGGAGGUGUUGGUGGUGGUGGUGGUAUUGGACUGGGUGGGAAUGCAACUCCAAUGGCGCCAGCAACUUUGGUUGACUAUCAAACUGAUGAAACGUGGAUUUAUCAAAUUGCAUCGCAAACUUCAGAGUAUAAUCGUAAAUUGACUGAUUUGCGUCUACAAGUUGCUGCCAAUGGAUUUAGGGAUGUGUUCACGAAUAUUGUUCAAUUUCCCGCGUCGACGCAACCCCACAAGCUUAAAAUUGACAAAGUCGGUAGUGACACUGGCGAUGAUAAAUUGACUUAUGAUAUCUAUUUCAAGAGUGGAGAUUUGAAGCGCCCAAUAACCGGAUUGGCUAGUGUUCCUAAAGAGAUUAUUGAUGAGAUUGACGACAAAGAGAUCAAACAAGCCAUACUUGAUCAACAAAAGUACGAAAUCGCAUCUGUAUUAUAG